AUGGCUUCCCAAGGAGUCGCUUCCUCUUCUUCUUCCACUAGUCGGUGGAGAUAUGAUGUGUUCCUGAGUUUUAGAGGCGAAGAUACUCGUCUCAAUUUUACUGCCCAUCUACACAAAGCUUUGGAUCAAAAGGGAAUCAAGACCUUCAUAGAUGAUGAUGAGCUUAAAAGGGGAGAGGAGAUUUCUCAAGCACUUCUCAAAGCCAUUGAGGAGUCAAGAAUUUCAAUCGUUGUAUUUUCUCAAAACUAUGCAUCAUCUAAAUGGUGUUUGGACGAGCUAAUGAAGAUCGUUGAAAUAGAGGGGCAAACGGUUCUACCAGUAUUUUACAAGGUGGACCCAUCAGAUAUACGGCAUCACAAGAACAAUUAUGGAGAAGCAUUGGCUAAACAUGCAGAAAGGUUUAAUGAUGAUGAGAAAGUGGCGAAAUGGAAGGCAGUCCUAACACAAGUGGCCAAUUUGUCGGGGUGGCAUUUAGAGAAUUACAUGAAUGAAGCUAAAUUUAUUGAAGAACUCGUUCAUCAGGUCUCAGGAAUCGUGAAUCACACAUACUUGCAUGUUGCCAAGCAUCCAGUUGGAAUAAAGUCUCGUGCACAGAAGAUCAUUUCACUUUUAAGUAUUCAUGAGAAGAAGGAUGUACGCAUGGUAGGAAUCUUAGGAGCCGGCGGAAUUGGUAAGACAACUAUUGCCAAAGAUAUCUUCAACUCAAUUUCCUCUCAGUUUGAAGGUAGUUGUUUUCUUUCAAAUGUUGGAGAAACUCCUUUGGUCGAACUACAAAAUACACUUCUUUUGAAAAUCCUAGGACCUAAGGUGGUGGUUUACAGUGAUGGCGAAGGAAUUAUCAAGAUAAAGGAAAGACUUUGUUCUAAAAGGAUACUCCUUAUUCUUGAUGAUGUGGGUAGUAAACGGGCCCAAUUAGAUAAAUUGGCUGGAGAAGUUGAUUGGUUUGGUUUAGGAAGUAGGAUCAUCAUAACAACAAGAGACAGCAAAGUAUUGGCUUCGCAUGGAGUAGUUGAUGAUCUAAUAUAUGAGGUGAAGGAAUUGGACCGGAAAGAAGCUCUCGAGCUCUUUUGUUGGAAUGCUUUCAAAGGAGACAAACCUAUUGAUGGUUUUCUGAAACUAGUGGAAGAUGCAAUAAGUUAUGUUGGGGGCCUUCCACUAGCUUUAGAAGUGCUAGGUUCAUAUUUGCAUGUUUUUGGAAUGCACAACUUAUUGCGGGACAUGGGUAGAGAAGUUGUUCAGCAAGAAUCACGUGACGACCCCUUUCAACGUAGUAGAUUAUGGUUUCAUAAAGAUGUUCGAGAAGUCCUUGAGGAUGAUAGGGGAACAAACAAAAUUCAAAGCAUAUUGGUAGAUUUGCCUGAAGGAGAAGACAUGGUGGACUUGAGUUCCAAGGCCUUCGAGAAAAUGAGAAGCUUAAGAUUGCUUAUGGUUACCCCUAAUGCACGUUUUUCUACGAGGCCGAAUUUUCUUCCUAAUACGUUAACAGUGAUUGAUUGGCCUAAUUGUCCUUUAGAAUCUUUGCCGUCUAAUUUUCGUGGAGUGAACCUCAUUGUUUUAAGAAUGCCUCAUAGCCUUCUCAAGGAAUUGAAGGAAAUCAAGCUGGGUGAUAGCACCUACGCAGCCAUCGCUGGGCUUUGUGCCACACGGCCCCAACCUUCACCAAAUGCCACGACCAGGGCUAGGUGGUUUCACCCAACCACGGCCAGCCACACCUUUUGUUUUUGGUAUGAGAGGAAUAAGUGGAUUCCAAAUUUAGAGGAUUUGUUGCUUGAUGAUUGUACAAAUUUAGUGGAGAUUCACCAUUCAGUUGGAUUUCUUGAUAAGCUAGUAAAUUUGAGUCUUAGGGGAUGCUAUAACCUUUGUCGUUUUCCGAGAAGCCUCAAGUUGAGAUCUUUAAAAUAUCUUGGUGUUAUAAAUUGCUCAAGGCUUAAUUACUUUCCAGAAAUUGAGUGUCAGAUAGAGUGUUUAGAAUGCGUCUUCUUUACAAACACCGGUAUAAAAGAAUUGCCUUCAUCUAUUGCGUACCUCAUUGGGCUUCAAGAGUUAUAUCUACAAGGUAACAAAAACCUUGUGCAUCUUCCAAGUAGCAUUUCUCAGUUGCAACAUUUAAAUAAACUUAAUCUCUGUGAUUGUUCAAAACUUGUUAAGUUUCUAGAUAAAAUGGGGGAGAUCAGACAGUCCUUGCCCUCGAUAGUAUUUCCAGGACUGGGAGAGUUGUAUCUAAGGGAUUGUGUCCUAUUAGAAUCAAGUUUCUUGAGUAUAUUUAAUUGCUCCAGCACAUUGUCAAUCUUAAAGCUAUCGGGGAGUGCUAUUGUUACCAUUCCUGCAUGCAUCGAAAGAUUUGAUUGCUUGUCAAGUCUUUACUUGAUUAAUUACAAGCAACUUCGAAAAAUUCUAGGACUUCCACCAAAUAUAAAACACGUGUUUGCAGAGGGGUGCAUGUCAUUGGAAACAUUUUUCGAAGAACCACAAACAUCUCAAUUAAUGAAUACAUGGUGGUUACCGGAGCUUGAACUUGUAUGGGAUGAAACAACUUAUUUGGCACGAGGCCCUGUGGGCAGUGGUGCUCCUUCUUCAGCCUAUCAGAAUAGACUUUAUGAUAAGCAUCGUUACUUUCAGUGUUUGGUUUCGGGAAAUAAGAUUCCAGAUUGGUUCAACUAUCAGAAAAUGGUUUCAAAUAGUAAUAAAUGUCGAAUAGAUAUUGAUGAGGCUGCAGAUAUGUUUGGGGAGUUCAAAAUAAUUGCUUUCUCUGCUCUUGUUGGAAUAGACGAUGUAGAAACAGAUCGUUUAUUUUCAUGUAACAUUAUCAUCACUGCUAGCGGUAGUAAAAUCGUUGACGAGAUUGCAGGUCAUUGGAUACCGGAAUCAAGUUAUGUAUGGCUGCGUUUCGAUGUUCCACAAUAUUAUUUUAAGCUUCCAAGUGUUGAUCGUGUGCGAGUUACAUUUAGAGUUCCAAAGCCAGUGCACUUCAAAAGUUGUGGAUUCCAUUUGGUACAUCUUGUAAAGAGAAAAGGCGAUUGA